AUGUGUGAGAGCACCGCGGUUCCGAGCGGGGAAGUUUACCGGCAGCUGUUCGACGCUCAGGCUCAGCUGUCCAGAUCUCUUCUAGCCGGACGCAGAGACACCGGGACAAAUUGUCUGUCUGCUGUGGACAGCAACACACACUGCAGCACAGCCAGCAGAAGGCAGCAGGCGGAGCACAGUGAUGAUGAUGAUGAUGUCAUAGAUGAUGUCAGCAGACUUCCAGAUGCCGUGGUUGUUGAUCAUCCCAGCUCUGACAUCAUUGAACGUCUGACAGAGAAAAAAAGUCAAAAACAUCAAGAGGCUCUCAAACAGCUGGAUUCAGAGCUGAGCCAGCUGUCUCAGGUGUGUGAGACUCAGGUGAAGGCCAUCAGUCAGGAGCUAUUGUCCAGUCUGCAGAAGGUGGAUCUCAGAUUGGACACCCUGAAAGUCAGAAUGAAUCAGCUGGAAGAUCUGGAAGAUGUCAGUAUGCAGGAGAUCCACGGUCUUUGGAAGGAGGUAGAGGAAGACGUGAAGCUGAAGAAGACCACUAUCAUAGAACUUAACCUCAAACUGACUGAAACUGAAAAACAACGUACUGACCAGAUCAGAGCUAUUAUCAGGAAGUACUACCGUGUGUUGGAGCAGAUCAGUUUCCUGCAUCCAUCUGACAUCCACAGGCUGAUCCACACUGAAGCUACAAUGCUGAAUCAGUCUUUGCUAGCAAACCGUCGCAGCAUUGCCCGACUGCUGCUGCUCCUCCAGGAGGAAAAUCUACAUAAGGAGUCAAUCCUUCGUCGGCACUGGGAGGACUGUCUGAGUCACUGGAGAAGGAAAAGAGUCCACAGAAUUGUAGAUCAGUUCAGAGGUCUCUGCAGCAGGAAUGAGGAUCAGCAGCUGGCCUUAGUUCAGCAGAUGAAACUAACCCAGCAAGAUCUGACUGAACGGCGCCGUGACAUCAUUAACAAGAUCAGCUCUCUGGUCCCACCCACCUGCUCCAAAGCUUUGGUGUCUGAUUGGUUUGACCAACUAACAGAUGUCAAUCAGCAAAUUGAGCAUUUCCACACUGAGCUUCUCCAUCAGCUGUGUUGCUGCUUUGAACAGACAUGGCAGAAUCGGCUGGCGGAGGUGGAGCGCUGUAAGGAAGUGCUCUCAUCUUUGGAAUUGUCAGAAGAGGAAGUGAAUGACAUCAUCAACCUACAGCUUCUCACAGUGAUUGGAGCACAGCAGAGUCAGGAUGAAGAGCAGCUGGCCGCUUUAGAUGUGUGCAGUGACUCUGUGGCCCGUCAUGCUUUCAGUCUAAGUAGGAGUGUAUUUGUUGUCAUGCGAGCAGCAGCAUUGCUGUGGGAGACACAUUGCCAAAGAUUAGAGAGGAGAGAUGAAAAACUACAACAAGACCUGAAUGAUCUCAGAUGCUCACAGCAGCAGCACUUACAAAAACAGAAGAUGCAAAUGGAUGACCUGUUAGGAGGACUCCGUCAAGAGAGCAGUGAGGAUGCUCUGAAGACGUCUCUGGACAAAACUAUCGGUUACUUGCAGCAGAUUAAGCACAGUUGCAAUCAAUUGGUCAUUGAUCAAUGGACCCUGUUGAAUCUUCACCCGUCGUGCUGUUUGGAGGAGCUUGUCUCCUACAGCAGGAACCUCAGCUCCUUCUACCACCUGAGUCACACCUACCAACCGAGUCCAGGGGAUUUGGAAAAGCUUCUCCAACCAUCUAGUGGCCGAUCCAGCCCAUCCCUGGGUCUGUUCUUUCACACUCAUGCUCAGAUACUUAAACUGGCAGGGUCCAUCCUGAAGGAGAUCUGUGAUUUCAGCAGCUCUGUCACCUUUACCUCAUCAAAAGAUGUGGUCUACUCAGCUCCUGUCUUCAGAUGUUCCACUCCCAACCUGCCAGUCAACCUGGAGUGGGAGACACACCUGAGCUUAUUUCCUGUGGACCUCCUCAUGGACUCACUGAGCAGGUCCCGGACUCUGUUCUUGGACCACCUGGAGCAGCAUUUCCACAAUGUGCUCAGUUUAGCGGUUUCAAUGAUGAGAGACAGGAAGGAGGCGGUGCGCUCAGAGCAGGAGCUCCAACUCCAGCAGCUGAGCCCCCAACAUAUCAAGACCCAUAUAUACGAGCCCCGCAUGGCUGAGCUACAGCUCCACAGACAACGUGUGGACACCCACUUUGAGGGUGUGUUGGACCUGUUGACCUCCUGUGGGAUGGAAUUGCAAGACCUGCAGGCCUCCAUAAAGAAAAAGAACAUGGAGCUUAUGGUCACUUUGUCCAACAUUGAGGCCAACAUCCAAACAGCCAGCAGCAGUCAACAUUGGGAGGCUACUAGCACCACCCUGCAGGACUGUCUGCAUGGACACAUCAAAGAAACGCAGGACUGGCUGACCAACUUCAGGCAGACAGUCAGGAUAAGAAUGGAGGAGGCCAGAAACAAAACAGCACAACUCCUCAGCUCCUUCAGGCUUUUCAGUGAAGGAGGAGAUUUUGCACCUCAGGAGCUAAAGAUGUUUCAGAGAAGGGUGAGGGAGGAAACCAAGCGUAUCAGCACGACUGAGGAGUCCAUCUACUCUGCUCUUGAGGCUUUUGAAUCCAGGAGCUUACAGCAGGUGAAAGAAGUGUCGGCUCCCUUGGAAGAGAAACUGUCCUUUCUGAAGUCUGAGGUGAAAUUUAUUGAGGACGCCCAGAAAAUGAUCACCAGCACACAAGUUCACAUCAAAGCUGAGGCUGCCAGAAGUAACCACCAGCAGACUGUUAUCAGCAAAAGACUGGAGGACCUGAGGAAGAUGUUGGAUGACACACAGGACUCUGCACUGCAGGAAGGCCUUGCUUUGUCAGGUCACCAUAAAUCCAGGAAGCAGGUCCUGCUAAACCCAUCUCCUGGUUUACUGCAGCCAAACAAAACAAAUAUGGACCCCCUUGAUGAUCCUGUUGUGGGGAUCAUCAGGUCCUUGAACAGUGUAAAGAGGGGUGCCAGGUUUAUCAGGACUGAUAUCAGGCAUGAGAGAAGGUUCCAGAUUUUUGAACCCGAACCAGAUCUGAGUGCACAGUCUUUUAGCUCCAAAGUUAAUUUGGCGUUGUGGAAAGCCAAUGACAUUCUCCUGCAGCUUGCUGAGGACUUUUAUCGCAGUGAGCGUCUAAGCUGUUUCCAGCUUCUUCCUGACUCCUUGGACCAAUGGAUUGAGAACACGCAGCAGAAGCUGGUGGGAUACCACGAGCAGGCAAGGAGGUUUCUGGACACCAGCAGAGAUGAUGUGGUGAAGCAGCUGUCUGUGUUCGAGGAGCUGUUACUUUUAUCACCUGCAGUUUUGAUCAGUGACCAUGAGCGACAGCAUGGGGCGGGGCUCAGAGAGGAAGUGGCGAGACUCACACAGAAGCUGGAGGAGACUCUGGCAGCCAGUGAGAAGGAGAAGAGUGUGAACAUAGGUCAGCUGCGAGCGUCUCUCGGGGAGGAUGAGCUGGAGAUGCUGAACAGCAGAGAAGAGCUGAGACAGCAGCAGCUACACAGCACUAUCUCCAGUGCACACCUUGAGCUGCAGGAAUGUGUGAGAGGCAGAGGGGAGGAGUUUGUUACAUCACUGGCUUCUCUGACAGAGAAGCUGCUCCAUCAGAUGAAUGACCUCUUUAGACCUGCAGAAACUGGUACAGCAACAGCACAACAGCAGACAGAAGGUGGUGCUGUUAGUGUAGAAGCAGCAUCUGAAACAGGAAACAGACCAAGCGCUGAAAAUAGCACAGGUGACCUGCCAUCUCCUCUUACUACGGUAACAACAGUUUCGAUCGCUACAUCCAAGUGGACCCCAGGACAUGUGACUGUUAUGGAGCAAAGAAACACUGCUAUGAAGCGGUUUGAGCAAGUGGUCAAAUUGGAACUGUCGCUCUCAGACGACAUGAAACGAAGACAGCUGAGCAAACAGCAGAGCUGGAACACACACUGGAGACAACAGAUACACUCUCUGAAACUGAUACAGAAGCCAACAUAGCAGCAGCUGAUUGGAAGUUUUUGGUGUAGGCUGUGAAGCCAUUUACUGCG